AGGUUGUAAUCUUCAUGUCUCGGCUGUAGAUGUCGCUCAACAACAGACCGGGAGCUGGAACCAGCGCUGAGCAGCUGACUAAAAUAAGGAAGCCUAAUUGUAUUCGGGACUUUGCUUCAUUGAUUCCCUUUGAUCCAGCUGGUACACUGGCACAGCUUCGAUUAGUGCUCCUCUCUGAACAGCUGCCAGUGUUGUAGUGUGAUUCUUUCAGAGAAUGUCAGCGAGACAGGGACUGAGGGCAGACUCAACCCACUUCACUUUAGAUGGAGCCCCGUUUCGGAUCCUUGGAGGCUCCAUCCAUUACUUUCGGGUCCCCAGGGCAUACUGGAGAGACCGGCUGCUCAAACUCAAGGCCUGUGGUCUCAAUACUCUCACCACGUACGUGCCGUGGAAUCUUCAUGAACCAGAAAGAGGAGUUUAUCUUUUUCAGGAGGAGCUGGAUCUGGAGGCAUACAUUCGUCUAGCAGGGGAAUUAGGUCUUUGGGUGAUUCUGCGUCCCGGGCCGUACAUAUGUGCCGAGUGGGAUUUGGGUGGGUUACCAAGCUGGCUGCUGCAGGAUAAGAAAAUGAAAUUAAGAACGAGCUACUCUGGUUUCACAAGUGCUGUGAACUCGUACUUUGAUAAACUCAUUCCGAGAAUCACACCUCUCCAGUAUAAGAAUGGAGGCCCUAUCAUUGCUGUUCAAGUAGAGAAUGAAUAUGGUUCAUAUGCAAAGGAUGAGCGAUACAUGUCAUUCAUUAAAGAGGCGUUACUGUCCCGGGGAAUCUCUGAGCUUCUCCUCACAUCAGACAACAAUGACGGGCUGAAGUGUGGAGGGGUAGAUGGAGUCUUGCAGACAGUGAAUCUACAGAAACUGACGUUUGGUGAUGUGCAGCAUUUAGCAGAAUUGCAGCCACAGAAGCCGCUGAUGGUGAUGGAAUACUGGUCUGGCUGGUUUGAUGUCUGGGGGGAACCUCAUCAUGUUUUCUCUGCGCCAGAAAUGAUCUCUAUAGUGCGAGAGCUUCUGGAUCGUGGCAUCUCCAUCAAUUUCUACAUGUUUCAUGGAGGAACCAGCUUUGGAUUCAUGAACGGAGCUGUUGACUUGGGAACCUACAAACCACAGACGAGCAGCUACGAUUAUGAUGCUCCACUGACUGAAAGCGGUGAUUAUACAACCAAGUAUCAUCUCUUGAGGAGCCUGCUGAGCACCUACAGCAAUGAGCCGAUAUCAGAGCCGCCAGCUGUGCAGAGCAGAAGAGCAUAUGAGCCGUUGGCAGUUACUCAUUAUAUUUCACUAUGGGAGAGUCUUCAAUGUGCAGAAACACUUUUCAGAGCUGAUGAUCCCGUCAACAUGGAGUGCCUCCCUGCAAACCACAACAAUGGUCAGUCCUAUGGAUACACACUCUAUCAGACUGACAUUUAUUCAGGUGGAGAUCUCAACUCAAGGAACCAUGUUCGUGACAGAGCUCUAGUGUUUAUCGACAGAGAACUCAUUGGUGUUUUAGACUACAGAACACAGAAAGUUAAAAUAUCUCAAAGUAAGAGUGAGAGGACUUUGAGUUUGCUUGUUGAGAACUGUGGACGAGUGAACUAUGGUCCAGCUCUAGACAACCAACAGAAAGGGCUUGUUGGUGAUAUAACUCUGGACAAUGUACCUCUAAAAAAGUUCACCAUGCACUGUUUGGAUAUGAAGACCAGUUUCAUUAACAGACUGCAGUCUCAGAAAUGGACGUCUGUUGGUACGAAGCCCACCUACCCUGCGUUUUUCAGAGGAUCCCUGGUAGUGGAUCAGCCCACAGAUACUUUUUUGAAGCUGCCAAAUUGGAGUAAAGGAGUGGUUUUUGUGAACGGGCAAAAUCUUGGACGCCACUGGUCAGUUGGUCCUCAGAAAGCCCUCUAUCUUCCUGGUCCCUGGCUCAGGAGUGGAGAUAAUGAGAUUGUUGUUUUUGAGGAACUCAAAGCUGCGGAAACAGUCCAUUUUGCUGAAAAUCUAGAAUACGGCAAGACAGUCGACGUAUCUACACAACUGUUUUGCACCCUCAUAUGAAACACACCUGCGGCUUUACAAUGAAUCUCAGGCUUAUAUCCAUCAAAACAGAUCUGAACUUAAAUUACUUAAAGCAAGACAUCACAAGUGAAGAGUACAGAUUUAGCAAAAGACUUCCCCAUUUGGUUAAUCGUAUCAAAUAAAGACAGCUGUUUUGUAUUACAGGUUUUCUGAACUAUGUUUGUAUAUGCACAUGAGACAUUAUCGGAUUAAAUAUGUACUAAUUUGCAAAUAUUUCCAGAAUAGUAGUCUUAAUACUAGAUAAAGCCAGAUUUUGGAUAUCUCUUUCUAUAAUUCCAUGCAUCAGAAAAUACUGUCAAAAGCCAGAAAAAAAGGCAAUUUGAGCUUAAUACUUUUAACUUAUAUACAAAAAAAAAACCCUCUGUAAAACCCCUCAGAAUUUAAAGGGUUAGUUCACCCAAAUUGAAAAUUUGCCCAUUAAUUACUCACCCUCAUGUCAUUCCAAACCCAUCUUCAGAACACAAGUUAAGAUAUUUUUGAUGAAAUCAAAAAAUAAACACACAUAACACAUGAAAUGUUAUAUUUAAAGGGCAGAAUUUGAUUCCGUUCAGGAGAAAAAAAAUCAUAGCCUUUAAACAGAGUGCUAAAAUUUAAACUACAGACAGAGUAAAGAUAAUCUGUAAAAAAAAAAAAAAUAAAAAAACUGACCAUUGCAUGAAAAAAUAUAAUUAUCUUGUCUUAUAAAAUUCUACCUGUAUCACCUGUAUUAACUUAUCAUGAAUCAUAUAAAUAAGCACAACUAUAUUACAUGCAACAGGAUUCUUUAAAAUAAAAGAGCAUGCUAGACAUAAUACACUGCCGUAAGAGUGCUGAUUUGCUUUGUUAUAUCACUCUUAACUGUUAAGACAACAGUCAGAGACACAUUCCACUAACUGAUGCUAGGACACGCUAUGACUGAGGAGACCUGUUCUUUUCAAAGUAUGUUUUUGGUGACGAUUAUGAAAGUGUGCUUGCAUUUAAUCAAAUGUUUUCAUAUGAUCAAGAGGGGGCAAUGAAGGAUCUCACACAUUCAUUUGUGGUGUGUUUUACUUUCUUUUUUUUUUUUACUAAUUUAUUCCUCUUUCACUGAUAACCAUUUAUCAUUUAACAAUUUAUUAUUGCAUUUAAUCAUAUUAUUAUUUCUAAUAAUAAUUUUAACCAUUUAUAUACCCAUUUUAUUGAUUCAUUUAUAUUACAUAUACAUAUUAAUAUUUUUUCCAUUGUUGUUUAGUCUUAUGGUUGUGUGGUUUUAUGAGAUAUUUGUCUUCACAAGUAAAAAGAUUGACUCCAUUUCAAGGCUUUAAUGUUUGUGAAGCAGUAAUUUUUCUAUUGCUUGUGGUAUAGUAACACUUGAUGGAUUUGUGCUGAGCAUUGAAAUAUAUAAAACUAAGAUUAUUCAAUAAACGGCUCCUUUUUUAUCA